GGCAGCGCCUUGCCGCCACCGGGGCUGGUGGUUCGCUGGGGAGCCGUGUCGGGCUGUCGCGUCCUUUCCCUGGCUGUUCGGCGAGCAAGGCACCGGGGCGGGCAGCGGCACCCAGAGGGGUGCAGGUAUCACAGGUGGCAAAGAAAACAGUUUUUUUUCUCAAAUUGAGUCCUGCAAGACUGCUGAUUUAGAGCUCUGGAGUGCUGAUGUUUACCUUACCCCAGGGACAUGAAGCCUUUUGGGAAGACUUUCAAGAGGAAUAGCUAAUAAACUGCUCUGAAGUUGACAGGAGCUUCUCUGAGAAAAAGAACAGGGCCUGGAGGACCUGUGAUACAGAACAACUGUUUUCAGAUACCUGCAUUAAAUUUCAGCUGUGUUUUUCUCCCGUCUGCCACAGAGCAGAAGAUUAGCAGACAUGUCCAUAGCACUUAAGCAAGUCUUUAAUAAAGAUAAGACUUUCCGCCCAAAACGCAAGUUUGAACCUGGAACCCAGAGGUUUGAACUUCACAAACAAGCACAGGCCUCUCUGAACUCAGGCGUGGACUUGAAAGCAGCUGUGCAGUUGCCCAGCGGAGAAGACCAAAAUGACUGGGUGGCUGUCCAUGUUGUUGACUUCUUCAAUAGGAUCAAUCUCAUUUAUGGAACUAUCUGUGAGUUCUGCACAGAGAGGACCUGCCCAGUGAUGUCUGGAGGCCCCAAGUAUGAGUACCGGUGGCAGGACGACACGAAGUACAAGAAGCCCACAGCGUUGCCAGCGCCCCAAUAUAUGAAUCUUCUCAUGGACUGGAUUGAGGUGCAAAUCAACAAUGAGGAUAUAUUUCCUACGAGUGUAGGUGUUCCCUUUCCAAAGAACUUCCUUCAGAUCUGCAAGAAGAUACUCUGCCGGCUUUUUCGGGUGUUUGUUCAUGUCUACAUCCAUCACUUUGACCGUAUCAUCCUUAUGGGGGCUGAGGCCCACGUCAAUACCUGUUACAAGCAUUUUUAUUACUUUGUGACAGAGCUCAACCUCAUAGACCGCAAAGAACUAGAGCCUUUGAAAGAGAUGACAACCAGGAUGUGUCACUAAAAAGUUACCCACUGAAGAAAAGCAAAGUCCAAUUUUCUUCUUACUGCAGAGUUCAAGAACGCAACAGCCUUCGUGGACUGAGCCUGCUUGUUAAUCCAUGAAAGCAGGAAAGUUGGGAACCACAGUUACUUUCACAAGUGCUUCCCGCCACUGUCAGUGUUCUUAACCCUGAAUAUGCUGCUAGGAAUCUCGUCUGAGUGACAUGGAUUAUUGAGAAAAAGAACAAUCGACUUCAUAUUAGUUCUAGCUACUUCUUUAGGAAUAAGAACCUCUUCAGCCAUGAACAAUGAGAGACUGCUCCUGCUGCUAAAGCUUUACUGUAAUUCAGGUCCCUGUGCUGACGUCCUGAUUAGUUGUUUUGAAAUGAGACUGUAUUGUUAGCUGCAAUGUUGUUUUCUUUUUCUUUUGUUUCUUGGUAUGUGCUUUGUUUCCUAAGUGCAGCAGAAUAUUAAGAUGGUCUGGAAUCGCAGAAGACUUUUAGCUUUUAAUGCCCCCCACCCCUCACCCAGCCACCCAAGGCUUGGCCACCAUUCCCAAAUGCCAGUGAGCCUUGUGUUUCCAGGAACACAGCCCUGUCCUUCAACUGAUCAGGCAGUCUAGGCUUCAUUGUGACUCGUAAUUGGGUGACAAUGGGACCGUUUCUGAUCCCAGUUACAUGAGUAGGAAUCCAGAUAUAGCUCUGCAGUGUUGAAAUCUUUCCUUUGAAUUCACACUGUGACUGACAGCAAAUCUGCUUGGUGUUUCUACAUUACAUAAAAAAGAAGCUGUAGUCAUAGUUUUCCUGAAGUACCCUAUGAAGUAGACCAACCUGUCAGUACUUUGAUAUCCUCCUAUCAUCUUAGAAAAAGCAUCCCUCUCAUUCAUCUUUUCAGGGAAAAAGAAAUGUAAUUUUAGUAACUGGGAGGAAGGUAUGGUAAAGAUGAAUAGUAUAAAGGUUAGAGCAGAAGCGAAGGUCCCUGUUGCAUCUAAACAGUGUCCAGCAGUGUGGCUCGCUUUCCACACUGGACUAACACAAGUUUUUUUUCCAGUACUCAGUCCAACUUAACUAACGUGUAUGAACAGCCUGGAAGGAUCCACUGCAGUAAAUGAAGUCUUCAAUGCCAAAUAUGCCCUCAUAAGAUGACGCCUUCUAAAAAAAAAAAAAAAUUAAAUUAAAGCAAUACUUAACAGAGAGAUCACAAGAGAGAUACAGCUGAAUAAAUGGGAAUCAAGUGGAACACACCUAUAUAUUCUGUGCCUUCUGAAUUUUGCACACUUGUGUUAUUGUGAAAGAUUACUCCUUCCUGCGUAAGUGCUGAACCCUGUUGCUCCCUUCUCCUCGAGUCAGUUAGGUAUGUUUACAUCUUCUGAGACAGUAUCAGAAGCAAAUCUCUUAGAGUAUCCAGUGAUUGCAACAUUAAAUACAGAGGGGUAGCAGACACUAGAGAAUAACAGCAAGCCUUUUCUAGCUGAUACUGUGGUACUUUCUGAUUUGCUUGCCUGCUUGCUUAAAAUAGGGCUUGUGAAUGUUAGUGAUCAUGUCCUUGCUGAGACAAAGGCUUUUGUCUGAACAUUCAGUGUAGCUAUGGUGGAGGUUUUUCUGCAUCUUUAGAAUUACUCAAGCAGGAUUAUCGUUUGCUUUCAAGGGGAUGGACUGAAGUGCUCCUACCUCUUUUGGUGGUCUUUGCAAUCAGGUUAAUUCUUUGGGGAUUGGAAUGCCCACACAGAUAAUUUCUGGCCUGCUGGCACUUUUGCAGGAUAUAACUAGCUUGUGGGAUUCAUUGCCACAGCUACUGCUGAGCUUAGUUGCCUUAUUUUAAAGAAGAUGAGAAAUGUUACAUCUUUGGAAGAAGGUACGUGGUACCUGUGGAUGACAGCUGCCUGGAAUUACAACCACAAAAUGGUUUCCGGUACUGCUCAUGAAGUGCCUGGGCUGUUGCACUGUUGAGAGGAGCUGUGGCCAAUAAAGUACUCUUGAAUUUCACUGUGGUCACUUGCCAUCUGGUGUCCUUACGGCUGGGCAAUACUGCAGUGCUGUAUUUUAAAGAUCAACAGGAAGAUGGAAAUGUGUGGAAUUUUGUGCGUAAAGAUCAAAGUGACUUCAUAAAUUGAAAAACAUGGUAUUUUAUGCGUAAAAUAAUUUAUUCUUCAUUUUAUUACACUACUUAACAUAUGCUGUUUUGAGUCUAGUCACUGUAGCUCAAUCUGAAGAUGAAACAGACUUUGUUCCCUGUUAUCUGGAAUUAUUUUUUAAUAACUUUUUUGUGAAUGCAUUAAUUUGUGAAUGCAAAACUUAUCUUUUGGAGUAUUUUCCUUUUUCUAAAACUGUUUUUCAUAAACUCUUGUGUUUCCUUUUCUAGUACAGCACACUGUAUGAGGCAGAGGAGGGAAAUGCAGACCUGAACGCUAGAGCAUUUGUUGUUUGACCUGGCCAAAAUCCCUAUAAUGGGAAAAGCCCAUUACAACUCAGGAGCUGAACCAGCCACAAAGAAAUGCAAAAUGUACUUGGUUUGGUUGCUUGUUGUGCUGGGAAGAACCUGGAGUUUGCUAGGUGAUGAAAUAGACUUCCUCCAAAUGUCAGGGUUUGGCCUUCAGCUGAAUGUCCCCAGAAGGUGCUCUUGCUUCCGCUGCAGAGGUAUUCAGCCACAGCCUGGCCAUGUCAUGCCAUGGGCCAUUUCUUUUUUUCCUGUGCCUGGUAUUUGAUAUCCCAAAAAGAAAAAUGUUGAUAACAUGGCAUCACUACAUAGAAGUAUCAUAUUACCCCUUCCCAUAGAGGAGAGAGGGGCAGCAUCCUGUUGGAUCUCGCGCUCAAGGAUUCCUACUUCAUCAGUAAUUUCCUCUGGGCCACAUCUGGACAGAAUCGUGCUUUGGUUGUUAAUUGCAGGUCCUGAUUUAUGUGAUUCCUCAGGAUAUGUAAUGAGAACUGAAUUUAAACGUGAUUGUAUGCAGAGGUAUCCAUUUCACCUACUGAGAAAAACUUUGUACCUGAUCUUAAUUAUGUAUGUUCCUAAUCAUUCCAAUGUUUCAUAGCGU